CCCAUCAAUGAAACACGUUUUACGAUCACACACACUAGCACACCACGGAAUUUUCAACCCUAAUGUUGUCCUACAUUCAGGACAUAACCUCAAAAAAUGAUUCGAUUCGCGAAGAUCAGUUCUAGUGUUUCCGUCUUCUGUCACCAGAACAUGUGAACCUGCCGCGUGUGACGUGUGUCUUCAGUUCAGCGUCAGUGACAGCCGGAAUGCACGUCCGGUCCGUUUUCGGCAAUUUAUGAUAGUGUCAACCAAAUGAGUGUGAGUUAUUAGAUUUAACUGCUGGGCGAUUGACACGCUGAUCACCAGCGAAGUUGGAUCAGAUUAGCAAAUGGGAACUGACGACAGCAUGAGCGACGAUGUGUUCGAAGACGAGUUGCGUGCGCCGACCCUAAGGGCCACGCCUUCACCCACUGGCUACAGAGACUAUCGGCCUGUCGAUUCACCUGCGCGAGCGCCUCACGACGAUGACAUUGCCAUACAUAAGACAAUAUUGCUCGGGGACAGCGGUGUCGGCAAAACCUCUUUGCUCGUUCAGUUUGAAACUGGUAAAUUUCAACCUGGGAAUUUCUCAGCGACCGUCGGUAUUGGAUUUACGAAUAAAGUAGUUGCUGUGGACGGAAUCAAAGUGAAGCUUCAGAUAUGGGACACAGCUGGACAAGAGCGCUUUCGUAGCGUCACACACGCCUAUUACAGAGACGCUCACGCCCUUCUCCUGCUCUACGAUGUGACAAAUAAAACCAGUUUUGACAACAUUCGCGCGUGGCUCGGCGAGAUAAGAGAGUACGCGCAAGACGAUGUCGUCAUCAUGCUUCUAGGAAACAAGUCCGACAGCGGCCUCGAGCGGGCGGUGAGGCGGGAGGAGGGUCAGCGUUUGGCGCGAGAAUAUCAAGUCGCGUUUAUGGAGACAUCAGCAAAAACCGGGUUGAACGUAGAGGCGGCGUUCGCUCAUGUUGCACGCGCUUUGGUCGUGAAAGCGGAUCCCGCUGACCCGGCGCGUCUGGCCGUGCGCGCGCAGCCCUCGCAAGAACAACGCUCUAGCUGCCCGCCGUGCUCUUAAGCGCCAUUUUAAAAUCGAACGCGUUUAAAAAUGAUUCAGGACCAAGGUCGUAUUUUGUAAAUUGUUGUAAAAUAAAUGAAAUGAUUGCACAAAUAUGCAUUUAUAUAAAACAUUGUACAGGCAGAGAUGACCGGCUUAUUUUACAUAUCUUGUAAUUUUACCUAAUAAAAUUAUACAUGGUCUGUCAAGUUGUGGAAAUCCUAUGUAUCUAUUUAUUUCAGUUUAUUCUCCUUUGCAAAUCUUGCACAAAAGCUUAAUACAUUUUACCAACCUAGGUUCAUAUUCCUUUUAAAAAUCAAUUAUAAUUUAUGUGUUUAAAUUGUUUAAGCAAGCUUUUAUCGGUGUUAACGUAGCUAAGGUUUAUAAAAAUGUAUCAAUACCCUUAUUGAAAUAAUAUUAAGUGUACCU